AUGGUCGGCAGUGGUACUAGGGUUUCGAUUCCGGCGAGUACCCGGAAGACGAUUCAGAACAUCAAGGAGAUCACUGCUGGGAACUACAGUGAGGAUGAGAUUCACGCAAUGCUCCAUGAAUGCAAUAUGAAUCCCGACGAGACCUACCAACGCCUACUUCUUCAGGAUCCAUUCCAUGAGGUUAAAAAAAAGCGUGAUAAGAGAAAAGAGAACCUUAGCAGCAAGGAUUCUGUUGAAUCACAAUGGAGACCUGGUGGUUCGGGCCGUGGUAGCAGGGGUGGUCGUAUGAAUUUCUCUUCCCGCCAUUCAUCACAUGAUGCUGCUGGUGCAAAGAAUUCUUUCAGAAAAGAAAAUGGUUUAAAGCAGGUCACUGAUCCAUCAACUUCAACCUCUCAAGAGAUAAAAACUAAAGACAAUGCGUUGGUGCCAAGCCUUUCAGCUGGGGUGGAUAAGAGUUCUGUUGGUUUGACAUCAGGAAGCUCUGAUGUUCAUCAUACUUCCAACCUACCAGCUAGUUCAGGCCAGCUUAAAACUACUGGAUCUUCAGUUCCCUCAAACAACAUUGAUGGUGCACCAUCUUCUGUUGAAUUAAACAAGAAUCCUGUAGCAUUGGGCUCUAGGGGUGUGCAUACUGAGCAGAAGUCGGCUGAUUCUCUGCCCAAAUCAAUGAGCGAGCAAACAGGACAUGAACAACACAUUGGAGAUAGCAAGUUCCAUACCAGAUCCCGUGGGGUUGGGAAGACUGCUAUGAAUGAUUCUUAUGUUCCGAGGCCUGCUUCGUCUCAUAGCAACAGCACGGGUAGUCGGCCUUCUUCUAACUACAGUAAUCGGUCACAUCAGACUGUUGGUCCUCAGAGAGGUACUGGUCCCACUAAGGAAUGGAAACUGAAGCCAGUCAACCAUAAUACUACUCAGGGUUCUGGUGCAUCAUCUACAACUGAAGUUCUUGCAGUUCCUACAGAAGCCAGUGACAAAUCUGUUGAAGCUGUUAUUCCUUCAGCAGAGGACACAUCAAGAUUGCAGAUGCAGCUUGAAGAUUUGCAGAUUCAACGUCAGCAUGUUAUUAUUCCAAACCACAUUCUUGUUCCAGAGGCUCAACGAACCAAGUUAAGCUUUGGAAGCUUUGAUGCUGGCUUUUCUAUAAGCUCAUUAGCUUUGCCGGAGAAUGAAAAGAGAUCUGCACCUCUCUCUCAGAAUUCGCAGGAAGUUGAAGAAACCUGUGAAGAGGAGGAAUUUAGGCUGACAGUUGAUCUAAUAGAAUCAAUGGUUAAGUGGGUUUUGUUUCUAGAAACAAAUUUGAGUCUUGCUUUGCUCUUCAGUUCGAAACUUCACCCCCAUUCGACUGAAAAGGAAGAGGACAAUAAUGUUUACUCCCAGUCGCCUUCACAAGUUCAAGAUGAUAUGGCUGGUGAAGGUAUUACUGCAACAAAUGCGGCUCCAGAGUAUGAUGUCUCCAAGCAAGAGAAUAUGUUGGAGUCCGAAAGCAAUCAAAAUUCUUUUGACCAUGUUCCAAGUAAUAUUAUGGGACUUGUUCCUCCAGCUCAUGGGAGCCAGCUACCACAAUUUGAGAGUGCUGACGCUCAAGCACGUGAUGCCCUUCGUAUUCCCAAUUUUGUGGUCCAACAACCAUUUGAUACAGCGAGUUACUAUGCUCAAUUCUACCGCUCAGGCCCUGAUAGUGAUGGCCGUGUUUCUCCCUUUGUUUCCCCAGGGGUUGCGUCCAAAUUUAAUGGAAAUGUCACAGUAUUGCCUCCGCAUUCAUCUCAAACCAUGCAAGAGGGCGGAAACAACUUAGUUCUGUCCACACCUAGUCCAACUCCACUGGUAACUCAAGCUGCUGGGCUGAUGCAGAGCGCUAUACCUGUCACGCAGCAGCCUGUUCCUGUUUUCCGCCCCCCGGGAUUACACAUGUCGCAUUAUCCACCAAACUACAUGCCAUACGGACACUACUUCUCCCCAUUCUAUUUACCUCCCCCGACAAUGCACCAGUUCCUAAGCAAUGGUGCAUUUGCUCAGCAGCCUCAGGCAAGUGGUGUCUAUCCUGCUCCUCCACCCCCUGGAGCUGCCACGGGAGGCAAAUACACACUCCCUCAUUACAAGCCCGGGACUAAUACAGGAAACUUAACUCAUGUUGGUAUGCCUGGUGGUUACGGACCAACAUAUGGUUCCUUCCCAGCAGGAUAUACUCCCACAUCUGCUGCUUCAGCCGGGAAUUCAACCUCCAAUGAGGAUCUCAACACAUUGCAGUUGAAGGAAAACAACGGCUACAGCACAACGGGGCAACAGAGUGAACCACUGCCUGUAUGGAUUGCUGGACCAGGACGAGAUGUGUCGAGCUCUUUCUACGGUUUACAGCACCAUGGACAACACGUGACUUACGCUCCAGCACAAGCAGGUCACGUCGCAUUCCCAGGGAUGUAUCAUCCAGGACAAGCAGUGACAGCCGCAGGAGUUCAUCAUCCGCUUUUACAACAGUCUCAAGGUGUUGCUGGACCUGAAAUGGUUGCACCUGCGCCUAACGUUUUCCAACAGCCUCAGCAAACACAGAUGAACUGGCCAAGUAAUUACUGA